AUGCCUGGGUUGGAAUUCACAAUGUUGGUACCUAUCGAUGGUACAUAUAGCAGCCUCGAAGAAUACACAGAUGACCUCUGCAAUUUUCUCAGCACCCCCUUAGUCCGUCAGAUCUCAGGCGGCAUCCAUGUCAACGAUGCCUUAAUCUUCGAUGCUUGGGGGGCUUUACCUUCAGAAUGGACCUCCUGGUGGGGCUCACUCCCAGAUCAUCGCCUAGCCCAACGGGAUCUGAUUGACAGCAUUGCCGACGAAUCUUCAACAAAUAUAUCAUCAGCAAAGGCCGACAAGAUUGACGGAAAUCUAUCCCCAUCUCGACCAGAGUCCCUAACUACCUGGCUCAAAACCCUUAACUCCCUAUCCCUCGCCCGCAACCAACGUCCUAUUCCAGCUGUCUGCCUCCCACCCUCCCUAACCAACCCUAUGAAAACCAAGAAAAUCGCCGAAGUCUCCGUCGCCGCAGCCUACACCCAAAGUAUCUGCCAAGCCCAUAACAUAACUCAUAUUAUCGACAUCGGCUCCGGGCAAGGCUACCUACCCCUGACACUCACCACGCUCUUCCCUUCCUUGCGCAUCCUAGCCAUCGACGGCAGCGCGUUCCAAAUUGCCGCUUCCAAAUCAUCGGCCGCCGCACUCGGCAUCCCCCCGGAUCGACUCACACACCUGGUUUGUUACGUCGAUGACUUCUCCCCGACUGCGCCACUGGUUAGCGAAAUGGCUGCCUGGGCCGGCGGGGAGAGAUGCCUGCUUGUCGGUUUACACGCGUGUGGGCGGCUGUCAGACCACAUGCUGCGGUACUUCACCUCGUUGCCGUUUAUAGCGGCUCUGGCGGCUGUGGGGUGCUGCUAUAACCACAUCGUGCCGCUUUCAGAAGCCUGCCCGGACGGGUUUCCCAUUAGCAAGAGAUUGAGGGCUGCGAACGUGCAGUUGAGUCCCGCGGCGCUGAUGGCAGCGUGUCAGGCGCCUGAUAGGUGGCUGCCAAGCACCGAUGGGGAUGGGAAAACUGAAUAUUCGAAGCGCCGCUUAUAUCGCGCCAUUCUGGAGAAACUCUUGUUUGAUAAGGGGCUUGGGAUUGCGACUUCGGUGGCGGAGAGGCCGGCUUGGGGGAUUAGGAAGGGGGAUUUGGUUAGCUUUGAGGCCUUUGUGACGAGGGCGAUGGGGCGUCUGGGUAUCGGCUCACACGAGAUCUCGGCAGAGGAGAUGAGGACGUAUGAGGAGCGUUAUAGGGGCGGUGAGGGGAAGAUAGCUAUAUUGUGGACUCUGAGUGUGCUAUGCUGUAAAGUCUUUGAAAGUGUUAUUGCGAUGGAUCGAUACUGGUUUCUGGUCGAGCAGGGCGUGGAGAAGGUGGAUGUUUUCCCUAUCUUUGAUUAUAAGAUUUCACCGAGAAAUUUGAUCGUCGUGGCUGAGAAGGGAAAGGGGCAACCUCUCGAAGAAAGUAUAUAA